GACAGAGACGUCCUUCUGUGACUCGCUAAAAUUCUUUAAAGUUGAAUUCUUUUUAUCUUAAUUUUGUGAUAAAUAAGUUUCUUUAUUAGAUUUGGCUUCACACUUUACCUUGACAUUAAAGCAACACAGCCUUUGAAACCAAAACCAAAUUAUCUCAGAAUCAGAGUUUUAGUAGAGAGAGAGGGGAUGCAAGCAGAAACAUGGUGAAAGGAUGCGCAAAAGGAGGAGGUUGUCCUAGCGAUUACGUCGCCGUUGCCGUAGCUGUCCUCUGCUUCCUCGUGCUUCUAUGGAGAUCGUUGUUACCAUGUGUAAUACACAAGGCUCCUCGUACUAACAGUAGCAGUUUCUGGAUCCCUGUCAUUCAAGUCUUCUCCAGCUUCAACCUCCUCUUCUCCAUUGUGAUGUCAGUCAAUCUUCUUCAGUUCAAGCCGCAACAUUGGCGGCGUUAUUGUUAUCUUUGGGCAGUGUGGGUCGAAGGACCACUUGGAUUUGGUUUGCUCAUGAGCUGCCGUAUAACUCAGGCCUUUCAACUUUACUUCAUUUUCGUCAAGAAACGUCUACCACCUGUAAAGUCAUACCUUUUCCUCCCCCUUGUUUUAUUGCCAUGGAUCUUUGGCUCUACAAUUAUCCAUGCAAGAAAGCCUCUCAACAAUGAAUGCCACUUGGGUCUUGAAUGGACUUUCCCAGUUGCAGGGCUUCAUGCUCUUUACGUCCUUGCUUUAGUUGCAUUCACAAGAGCAAUCCGUCAUGUAGAGUUUCGUUUUGAUGAGCUUAAAGAUCUCUGGAAAGGGAUCCUCGUCUCGGCUGCUUCAGUUGUUAUAUGGGUAACAGCUUUUGUGUUGAAUGAGAUUCUCACACAAAUCUCUUGGCUUCAAGUCGCUUCAAGAUUUGUACUCUUAGUCACGGGUGGAGUUCUGGUAGUUGUCUUCUUUUCAAUCUCGAGCAACCAACCUCUUCUCUCUCAAAUCAGCUUGAAGAAGAAAGAUAACUUUGAGUUUCAGAGAAUGAGUCUAGCUCUAGGCAUACCUGAUAGUGGAUUAUUGUUUCGAAAGGAGGAGUUCCGACCUGUUGAUCCUAAUGAGCCACUUGAUAAGCUUCUUCUCAAUAAAAGAUUUCGCCAAUCUCUUAUGGAGUUCGCUGAUAGCUGCUACGCUGGAGAAACGUUGCAUUUCUAUGAAGAAGUUUAUGAACAUGGUAAAAUCCCAGAAGGUGAUUCCAUAAGAAGAAUCUACAUGGCUCGACAUAUCAUGGAGAAGUUCAUUGUUGCAGGAGCGGAAAUGGAAGUGAACUUAUCACAUAAAAGCAGGCAAGAGAUCUUAACCACUCAAGAUCUAACUCACCCUGAUCUCUUCAAGAACGCAUUAAACGAAGUGAUGCAAUUAAUCAAGAUGAAUCUGUUGAGAGAUUACUGGUCAUCAAUCUACUUCAUCAAGUUCAAGGAAGAAGAAGGAUGCGAUAAGGAAGGAUGGAGUUUCUCUCCUCCAAGGAUAAGUUCAGUUCAAGGCUCUGAUGAUCCUUUCUAUCAAGAACAUAUGUCAAAGAGUCCCACUUCCAGAUGUAGUAGUCCCGGUUAAAGAAUCUAAACCGGUACAACACCUAGAAAGUAUUUUGAUGUUUAUAGCAAAUCUUAGCUCAUAUAUAAUCUCUCCUUCACAUCUUAUGUACAUGUUCUCACUCUUGUUAAUUAUAUACCAGACUGAAAGAGGAAAUGUCCGGUUGCAGUUUUGGUUUGGUUUGAAUGUAUUCCUGAUCAAUUAUGGAAGACAAACCUGAUUUUUCCUUAAAAUUUGCUAUAAACUAAACAACCUCUAGCAAAG